AUUGUAGUUAACUGAUAAGAACGAUCGAUAACGAAAUUCUAGAAUAUUAUUUGAAUUUGUUAAAAAUUGGGGAUGGAAGCCUGGAAAAUCGGUGUUAUUACAUCAGCUUGUAUUCUUUGUAUUAUUCUAAUAUCAGUGACUAUUUUCCUAGUUUUGAGAGCCAAGAAAACGCUUAAAUUUAAAAAAGCUCAAGAACGACUGGAAGAACACGAAAAACGCCUCUCAGCCUACAAUAGUCUAAAAUUAAAAGAUGAUGAUAAAAAAGAAACUGAUCAGGAUAAUAACUUUGAUGUAUUAAGAAACGAACAUGUGGAAAUAAACACUGCAGUACAACCAUACCCCCAAAGACCAACAUCACUCAACGUAGCGUCUUUACAGAACGGUGUAGAAAAUCCAGUAUAUAGAUCUGAUAAUGAUAUGACAAUAUUAUAA